ACCAAGCCCGGCGGCGGCAGGCCAAACACCCUUCUUAAGAAUGCAACAACUACGCGAAUAAAAAUCUCGCGUCUAUCUUCUUGCUUGCUUCCUUCCUUGCCUCCGUCCCCACGCCCACCGCCCCGCAUCCGCCCCGAAACCCUAGCGGAUCGUCGCCAUGGCCGCGGCCGCCCUCCUUCGCCGCAUCCCCGCCGCGCGGGCCCCGGCCACGGCCUUCAUGGCGGCGCGCCCGAUCUCCGAUUCCACGGCGGCGCUCACCAUCGAGACAUCUGUCCCUUUCACCUCCCACCUCGUCGACCCACCCUCGCGCGAUGUCACCACCACCCCCGCCGAGCUCGUCACCUUCUUCCGCGACAUGUCCCUCAUGCGCCGCAUGGAGAUCGCCGCCGACUCCCUCUACAAGGCCAAGCUCAUCCGCGGGUUCUGCCACCUCUACGACGGCCAGGAGGCCGUCGCCGUCGGCAUGGAGGCCGCCAUCACCCGCUCCGAUUCCAUCAUCACCGCCUACCGCGACCACUGUACCUACCUCGCCCGCGGAGGGGACCUCGUCUCCGCCUUCUCCGAGCUGAUGGGCCGCGAGGGCGGCUGCUCCCGCGGGAAGGGCGGAUCCAUGCAUUUCUAUAAGAAGGAUGCCAAUUUCUACGGCGGCCACGGCAUCGUCGGCGCGCAGGUGCCCCUAGGAUGCGGCCUCGCCUUCGCUCAAAAGUACAAGAAGGAGGACACGGCCACGUUCGCGCUCUAUGGAGACGGUGCGGCUAACCAGGGACAGCUCUUUGAGGCUCUCAACAUUUCGGCCCUCUGGAAGCUGCCUGCCAUAUUGGUGUGCGAGAACAACCAUUAUGGGAUGGGAACAGCAGAGUGGAGGGCAGCCAAGAGCCCUGCCUACUACAAGCGUGGCGACUAUGUGCCUGGAUUGAAGGUUGAUGGAAUGGAUGUUCUUGCUGUGAAACAAGCAUGCAAAUUUGCAAAAGAUCAUGCUGUUGCAAAUGGCCCAAUUGUCCUUGAGAUGGAUACCUACAGGUACCAUGGCCACUCUAUGUCAGAUCCAGGAAGCACUUACCGCACCAGAGAUGAGAUUUCUGGUGUUAGGCAGGAACGGGACCCAAUUGAAAGGGUUAGAAAAUUGCUUUUGACUCACGACCUGGCAACUGCUGCUGAGCUCAAGGAUAUGGAGAAAGAAAUCAGGAAACAAGUAGAUGACGCCAUUGCUAAAGCAAAGGAAAGUUCUAUGCCUGAUACUUCUGAGCUCUUCACAAAUGUUUAUAAGAAGGGCUUCGGUGUGGAGUCAUUUGGGCCAGACAGGAAGGAGUUGAGAGCUUCCCUUCCUUAGGUUGGCAGCAUGAUGGGCAGUCCUCGUAAUAUGAUAUGAUAGCCAGGAGAAAUAAACAUUAAUGAAGCCCUCAGACAUUGCUGGAAUUUUUUGUUGGCAAAUGAACCUGUAUAGAGAUGCGUUGUCAGGAGGAUCAGCUUCUUUGUUUCGCUUUUCUUUUUCCCCCAUUUCUACAAUUCAGUUUUAACUGCUGCUGGCUGGCUUCUUAUUGAAGCUAAUAUCGUCUGCAAUUGCUUCGGUCCAAGAAAACCGAAGCUGGAGAUUAUAAAUUUGCUCACGCCUAUCGUCUAGACCUGCUCACUCUAUUGCUCUAUGGUGAUUGCUCGAUCA